GUGUUGCUGAAGGCUGAAAUUGACUGAGAGAAGACUUUAAGAAGAAGCAAAGUUAUCCGAAGGAAAUAAGGGGUAGCUUGAAGAUGAAGGGUAUCAUAUCAAAUUAUAUAUCAGACAGUUUUGGAAAAUGUUAGAUUGCUUUCACAAAUAUUAGACUGCCAAAUAUAAACGUAAAAUGCAGGGCUUAUCAAUGUAUUAUAAGACUUUGAUAAAUAAAAUAUGGAAGGAUGAGCAUCCAAGUUUAAUACUGAAAUUCUGAGAACUCGUUUUCCUCCUUCAUAACCUCUUUGAACUUAAUGAAGUUUUGGAAGGUCUCUACGAAAUCUGAACACAGGCUCCUUAGGUGAUUUUUAAUUUAAGGAAAUAUUAAUAGGUAAUUGCAGUGAAGGAAGAGCCUUAAGACAAUUUCCACUAAUAUUUCCUUAAAAUAAAACCCAAGGGGUCUGUGCUCAAGCCUCCUACAGGCUUUGCAAGACUUCAUUAAUGCCAAAGAUUCUAUGAAGGAGGAAGACGAGUCCUUAGAAUUUUAGUAUAGAAUCCUGUAUGCUCAUCUUCCAUAUUAUAUUUAUCUAAAGUCUUAAAAUCCAUUGAUGAAGCCUUCAUUUUUUAAUUGGGCAUUCUAAUAUUUUCUGAAUAACCCAAUAUCCUUCUAAACAGUCAGAUAUUUUAGAAAACUGCCUGAGAUCUAAGCUGGCUUGGCGUAAUAUAUAAAUAUGUUACAAAUUAAGCUGAUUUGGGCCAAUCAGAUAAUCUGCUGUGGAAACACUCAAUGUAUAGAUGACUAACCCCUAGUUUAAAGAAAGCAGAUGAUGCAAUAAUUUCUCACUUAGGUUUGGGGAAAUGUCUUCCUAUGCUGAUCACAGUUUGUUAAAAGUUACUAAUUGGGUGAAGCAGAUUAAGCAAUUGGAAGUACCUUCCUCAACUUAAAACCGGGCUCCUCAUAGCUAUAGUUCUAGCAAUAGGGUUCUAUGGGUUUGCAGUGAUCCCAGGAGUUUGGUAUUCUGCCGUUCCAAGAAUUCCUACUUAUACAUUACUAGAGUAUUAUUUUUGAAGUUGAAAUAUGCUAGAAUUACAGAGAGCAGGAUCUAAAGAUAUCUUUGCCCAAAAUCUUAGAUAUUUAUUGCAUGAGGUUGUAAUCACGGAAUCAAUACUACAGGGGUGCUACUCAGAUAGCUAGAUUCAUGCAGGAGUGACAUGAAGGUUCAAAUUUAAAGCAAUUCAGUCCUCCUUUAGU